GCAUAUAAAUGUUUUUAUGUUGUGCAUAAAGUUUGAGCCGAUUUUGAUUGAAAAAUUGCUCCAAAAUUCUAAGAUGAUAUAACAUCCUGUACUUUAUAGUACAGUCAAAAAUGGCUGGGAGAUUAAGUUUUCUACAUCCUGUGUAAUAAAUUGUACUUUAUGUAUGAUGUAUUGAUAUUAUUUUCAACCUAUAGCUACAGGUCCUGUUUAAUAAUUGUACUUAGUGUACUAAAAAUAAAAUAAUAGUUUAGUUCAGUUGACCACAGGAAAUAAGUGUUGAUAUAGAAUAAACCAAUAAUGAUAUUCAUCACGUAUUUUAAUAGAAAAACAAUUAAGCAUUAUUGAGUGCCAAUGAGUGAUAGUGCAAGUCUUUAAAGUUUAAGCUUUGCUAUAACAACUAUUAGAUGCAGCAUGAGAGAAAAUAGACUGGUAUAUUGUUCCAAUGAAUAAGUACAUUUUAAGUUAUAAGCAAAAAUUGAGCUCUCAGAAUUGACUUUAAUCAUAUUCAUUGCUUAUUAUUUUGACUAGCAGGUCCAUGCGUAAUAGCACUACUAAUUAUAUUCAUAACAGGAUAUCCUUAUAUUAUUUUUUAACCUUUAGACUGGGUGUGGCAGGCUUGACACUAAUAUGAAUAAUAAACUACAAACAUAGAGACAUGAGGUAUUGCAAACAAUGAUUGUACUUGAAUGCAUAAUCACCUGAUUUGCAGGCUAUAAAAAAGCGAUUUUUUGCCUCCUUUCCACAUUAUUGCAAGCAUUAUUUCCUUUCUUUACAAGCAAAAAAAAAGAGUCAAGAAGCUAAGCCAUGGCUGGAACUACUGAUAUAAAUGUUGCCUACGUCAAUGCCACUCAACAGACAGAUUUUGAUGUUGUUGUUUUCACAAAAAACUUCAAUGUCAACACUCCAAAGGUGUACUACGUUGCCUGGAAGGUCCUUAGGGCACAAAAUGAAGCUGACUUUGUCUUUCCUGUUACCAUGGAGGUUGGUGCUACUUACACUAGCUCUGGAACAACCAACAAGGCCGGACCAUUCCCUGCAGAGUUGGGAUCAACUUGGAGCAUUGCUCAAGAACCUGCAACAGCCACAGCAACUCUCACCCAAGAUCUCCGUAGUGCUGUUAAUCCAAAUGGAUCUAUUGUUGUGAGGAAUACUCCACCAACUACUUGGGGUGGACGCAUGUUUGAUGUUGGCAUCUACAAGAAUGGUGGUCUGCUGGUUGUUCAAAAGGAUAUCCACGUUGGUGAUCAAGUUGACUUCAUGCUCAAGCCUAAGCUGUACUUUGGAGUGGUCCGUAAUCUGGUUGAGAGUGAGGUUUUCACUUCUUUGGAGAUCACAAGCUUUUUGACCGAGUUCGAUCUGAGUGACUACCCUGAUGGAUUGAAAGUUACGCUCACUCAAUCAGGAGGUGGUGGACAGUACAAGUUCACUGGAGAUCAUCUUUUGAAUUAAA